AAACGAUCAAGUUCCACUGCAGGAAAACAGACACAGAAGAACCGAAGACAAACCCAGAACCAGUGCACAGUGCAGAAGUAUUUAUUUUUUUAAUUGUUGCUCAGCGAUCCAGCAUUUCGCUUCUCACGUGCGUGUGUGUGCAAAAGAGUAAAGAAACACAAAAACCGAAGGCACCGAGCGGACAGAGAUGUCAAGCGUGGUGUACUCCAGCAGCAAGAUGCAGCAGUCCCAGCAUAUUCCGGUGGCAGUGCCCGAGAUGUUUCCCACGACGAUCAGCGGCGCCGCCAAGGUGUUCCGCUACCAGCACAUAAUGCCGGCACCCAAUCCCGGCCAGGAGCUGCUGCCCAGCGGCGGCAGCUCCAUGCCCAUCAAGACGCGCAAGUACACGCCGCGUGGCAUGGCUCUGGAGCGAUCUUCGGCCUCGUCCUCAUCCUCCUCAUCGUCGUCCUCCUCCUCCUCGUCGAUGAUGGGGGCUGGCGCACCGUACAACGUGGACCAGUCGCAGUCUGUGCAGCGGCGCAACGCCCGAGAGCGCAACCGCGUGAAGCAGGUGAACAACAGCUUCGCCCGUCUGCGCCAGCACAUUCCCCAGUCGAUCAUCGCUGACCUGACCAAAGGAGGUGGCCGGGGGCCGCACAAGAAGAUCUCCAAAGUGGACACUCUGCGCAUUGCCGUAGAAUACAUCCGCCGGCUGCAGGACCUCGUCGACGACCUCAACGGCGGUGCGCCCGCCAGCUCCAGUGCCGCCGCCAGUGCCGUCGUCAGCCAGCUGCAGCUCUGCCUGGACGAGGAGACCUGCAGCAACAGCUCCAGCAGCUCCGGCAGCAGCAGCCAUGGCAGCCACCACCUCUACUACAGCAGCUCCCUUGCAACAGCCGCAGCAGCAGCAGCAGCAGCAGCUACAACGACGACGACUCCAACUCCAACUCCGCUGCAGCAACAGCAGCAGCUACAGCGGCAGCAGUUUCCCCAUCAGCAGCCAUUGACUGCCAUCUCGCUGAACAGCAACCUGGCCGGCGUGGGUGCAGUGGCUGGUGGUGGUGGUGGAAGCGUUCCUGGGCAGACGACGGCCUGCCACUCGCCCACCUCCUCCUUCAACUCGAGCAUGUCCUUCGACUCGGGCACCUAUGAGGCGGCGCCGCAGCAGCUGUCGGCACCGCACAUGGAGCUGGACAUGGAACUGGAGCCGGAGGCGCAUGCCGCCCAGCUGCAGCUCAAGUUCGAGCCAUACGAGCACUUCCAGCUGGACGAGGAGGACUGCACACCCGACGACGAGGAGAUCCUCGACUACAUCUCCAUGUGGCAGGAGCAGUGAUCCUCGCAUCCGCUUCAAUCUGCUUCCCCUUCCUGCAUCCCGUUCUCAUCUAGUCAAUGAUUGAGUUGAACCAAGUGCCUCAAAUUGUAAAUAGACUCAUUUUUUUUUAUAGAAUUAUCACACACUCCAUUUUUUUUUUUUGCACAUAGUCUAAGAUGAUCUAUUUUUUUGUUAGCCUAAGAAACCCACGAGAAACCAGUAUGAAAAAACUCCUAUAUAUUAAA